AUGCGCUCUAGCGACAACCUGCAGGCGCAGGCCAUCGGCCUGAUCUUUGCCUUUCCUGCCGUUGCAACUGCCGCCGUGGCUCUGCGUAUUUACAGUCGUACGCUGACGAGGACAUUCGCAGCAGAUGAUUGGGUCAUUUUUGCCGCGAUUAUCUGGAGGAUUAACAGAUCGGCAGGUCCUAUACUGGGCGGAGACUUUCACGUCAUACAAAGGUACGAUCAGCAUAGCGAAGAUAUUUUUAUUUCUCCCGAUCAAUAUCAGUUGAUGACGCUGACCGUGUUACCAGUAAUCAAGUACAUGUACAUCGGAUACAAUGUCUGGGACAUCCCCGAUGAUUAUCCCAUCGUUCUCGGCGAUAAAUACGCCUACGCGACCGAGCUCAUCUACAAUCCCAUCCUGGCCCUCGUCAAAACCUCUAUCCUGCUCUUCCUGCUUCGUCUGACCGGCCAGAAGAAAGCCGUGCGGCGGGCCAUCUGGGCGCUGAUCAUCAUCAACGGCGUCGCUGCCGUCAUCACAUUCCUUAUCACUGUUUUCCAUUGUGUUCCCAUCGCCGCCAACUGGGAUCCGGCCAACCAUCCCAACGCAAAAUGCCUCAACUUUGCCAACUUCGUCACCGGCACCGCCUCAGUCUCCAUCUUUACCGACGCCCUCGUCUUGAUGAUGCCCACCUGGAUCGUGUACAACCUGCAGAUGCAACGGAACCAGAAGCUGAUGCUGAUCGGCAUCCUGUCUUUUGGUCUCUUAACCGUUGCCGCAGGCAUCAUUCGCGUUAUUCUCCUUGACAACUACGACCGGAACAUUCCGACCAACUACACCCACUCUGUUCUCUUUUGCAUGUCGACGAUUGAAGUCGGCUUCUCGUUCGUCGCUGCGUGCGCCCCCUCAUUCAAGCCACUCAUUGCACGGGUCAUCCCCAAGCUGUUCGGCGACUCAUCGCGCCGGUACCGCAACGGCUCUGCCAGCGCUCGCGGCCGACUAGGCUACAACCUGGAGGACAUGUCCAACUUCACCCGGCGCGGGCGCGACCAGAACGUGACGCUGGUGGAGGCCGGCGACGGCGAGCUCGGCUUCGGCCCGGCAAAGAAGGAGCCCAAGAACCUGAUCACCAUGACCACCCAGAUGGAGGUGACCUGGGACCAGGCCAAUCGCGAGGAGCAACACACCAGCAGUACGGAGAGUCUUGUUCAUGCCAAGUAG